UUAAUCGUUCUCAUGUUUAUGUUUACAUUCGCUGAACCUCACAAGUGUUUCAAGUGAUAAAUACCUGUCUGGAUAGUGGAAAUUUAAUCAUCGCCAAGGGGGUUACUCGGAAUCUGUAUUGUAAAUGAAGUACCAAGCAGGGGAGCAUGGAAGAAGGCAUGAAAAGACCGCAUUUCACAGCGGAAGAGGAGCAGGAGCUACUCAGAUUAGCUGAAGAGAACAGAAGCAUCCUUGAAAAUAAGCAGUCUGAGCGGAUAAUGUGGAAACUAAAGGAGCAGACAUGGGAGAAUAUAGCAGUCACCUUCUACAGUAACACAGGGAUUAAGCGCAGUGCCCCCAGCUUGCGAGUCAAGUAUGAUUUGCUUAGGAAAAAAGCCAAAGUUGCCCAUAAGUCUUCUAAUGGAUGCCCUCCGCCACCCACACGAAGAUUAUCAGACAGAAUAUAUAACGGGUUUCAGGAUGGCGAAACCAACGAAAGUAAGAACAGCACCCAAAUGGAUUCACCUAAACGGACCCGUGUGGAAUCUGAUAACUUGUGUCAGCUGGAGAAUCCUUCAGGUCUUAAUUCAGACCAUAGUGAAACCAAUCCAGUUAACAACAUUGGGCAGAGCCAACCAAAUACAGCUUCCACUACACUCCCGAUUAUAGCUCCAGUUUUGUACAAUAUUAAGACCAUUGAUUUAGCCGAUCAGCUUCAACACGAAAAAUUAUUACUAUUAAGGGCCCAAAGAUUAUUUUGUGAACAGGAAAACACAAGGGCACAGGAGAAACAUAUGCUGGAAAUGGAAUCCUUAAGAGCGAAACGAGAGCUGCUGUUAAUGGAAAUUGCUGAAAAGAAGCAAGGCAGGAAAUCGUAACGUCCCAAGUGAUAAAAUAAGGAACAAUGGGGAAGACUUUAUAGUAAUAAGUCCUAGAUAGUAAGGGGUAAAAAUCAUGUCAAAAAUAUUAUUCAAAUUAUGUAUUUAGCUUUAGCUCAUUAGACUUUAAAAUUAAAUGAAACAGAAAUUAUCCCUAUUUUCAUACCGGGACUAAAUUAAUAGCUUUACAU